AUGACUUCUGUGACUGCUGAAGGAUUGCCCUUCACGUGGUCAAACAAACACAGAGAUAACACUGUGAUUUACGAAAGAUUGGAUAGAGUCACUGCUAAUCCUAAUUGGUUUCAGUUGUUUCCAGAUUGUACUCUUCAAAAUCUACCUAUUGUGGGUUCCGACCAUGGACCAAUCCUUCUAACUACACUUUCCCGUCGUAAGCCUAGUAGGAGACCUUUUAAGUUAGAAGCUAUUUGGUUUGCUCAUCCUCAGUUUGUUGAAAUUACUAAGCACAUUUGGAAUAUGAAUUGGGAUAAUGACCCUAUCAAGAACCUGUCGGCAAUAUUAGGUGCAUUUUCUCAUAGAAUUUCCAAUUGGAGUCGAGAGACUUAUGGAAAUCUUUUCAGAAAUUUAGGAAACUUGCAGAAAGAUCUUCAGUUUUAUCAAUCUCAGUUAAUGAUUUCUCCUACCUCUUUGUUUUUACAGGACAAAGUUGUAGAGCUUACUGAACAGUUUUUGGAGCUAGAAAAGGCAGAAGAGGUUUUCUGGGCCCAAAGGGCCAAAGCUAAUUGGCUUUGUCUUGGAGACAAGAAUACCAAAUUUUUCCAAACCCAAGCUACUUUGAGGAAGAAGAGAAACUAUAUAAAUAAAAUUAAAAAUAACAUGGGGAUCUGGUUUGACAAACAUGAAGACAUCAGCCAUGUUUUUAUUCAAGAUUUUCAAAUGAGAUUUCGUUCAGAUAAUUCUUUUAAUAGAAAUGUUGCUGAGAAUUUCAUUAAAAUAAUUGAACCUGUUAUUUCUGAUGCAGAUAACAUUUCACUAUUAAGAAGGGUGACCCCAGAAGAGAUUCAGUUGGCUGUCAACUCAAUUGGUGGUCUAAAGCAAUGUUUUCAAAUGCGAAAGCGAAGACGAAGGCGACUUGUUAGAGCCUCGCGAGGCGAGUGCCUCAAGGCGUUGAGGCGAUCGUGGCGAUCGUCUUUCCCGAAAUAUUAUAAUAAUACAUUAUAA